AUGAGUUUAACUUCAUUACCGAUUCAAACAUUUGAAGAGUAUGAUCCAUCAGUUCCAUUAAUCCUACCUCAUGAAAAAGUUUAUUCAAUGCAAGUUGGUUAUAAACUAUUUAGAUUAAGUGGGCUUUCAUUAUCAUCAGAUUCACCAUCUUAUUUUACAAAAUUCUUUAGUGAACCAGAAAAUGAAGAAAAAAUAUUAUUUUUCGAUAGAGAUCCUAAAAUAUUUGAAAAAAUAUAUAAUCAUUUACAAGGAUACCUGAUAAAUAUAAUUAAUGAUUAUGAAUUUAUGCAUCUUUGGAGUGAUGCUUUUUAUUUUGGUUUAACUAACCUAAAAAAAGUUUUAACUGAACAAGAUAUAUUUGCAAGUAUUGGAGAUAAAUGUUUUAAAAUCCCAAGAGUAUUAUUAAUUAAUGAAGGUAAUUCUCAAAAUUAUUUUACUGUUAAUUCUGAUAGAUUAUUAUUUGAUAAUUUGGCAAUUAUUGAAAAAAAAAAUAUGUUAAGACCACCACCUCAAAGACCAGCAAUUGUUACAAAUAGAUCACCACAAUUAUUUUCAGAUUUAUUGGAAUAUUUAAAAGGAAAUACUUUGGUGAUACAAAAUGAAGAACAUAGAUGUUUACUACUUAAAGAAGCAAGAUAUUAUAGAUUUUUGGAACUAGAACAAAGAAUGAUUAAUCAUAAAAUAAUAAACAAUAAUAUAAUACUAAAUUUGGAAGAUAUUUCAAAAAAGGGAAUACUGAAUAUCUCACCCAUGGAUAAAUCUCAAGAAUUAUCUAUUCAAUAUUCAAGACCAUACAUAAAUGAAAAACCCAAAAAUCUAAUAUUCCAAAUUAUAAGUAAUGAGGACUUGAAGAACUGUAAAUUAAUAAUAAAUAAAAAAAUGAAUAUAACAACUGCAAAAUUCGAAGGUAAAAUAGCUUCAAAACUAAAGCAAAUUUUCAAAAAUGUUGAACCACUAUUGGUAAAUGAAACAUCAAUAAGUUUUUUGGUGGGGAUAAGUAAACUGAAAACUAUAAUAAAUAAUCAUGAAAUGAAUAGGAAUUGGAUUAAUGAACUUUUCAGUAGUGAUAAAGAAGAAAUAGAAGAAGAUUCAGAAAGAAAUUCCAAAAAACGAAAAUUGAGUAACAACACCACUAAAAACAUUCAAGGAGAAAUCAUUGAGAUCUAUCUAAAAAAAUCACUUUGGAAAAUACUAAUGAGAGGUCAAUUAGCCAGGUUGGAGGCAUUAUCUCUAGAAGGUUUAACAAGUCCAAAUUUAGAUAUAAUUGAAUUUAUAUAA